AUGGCUAGCAGCAGCCUUAUCGCGACUUCGCCGGGAGCCCACACGUCGCAUGAACGACUCAUGAUGCUUUCUUCGUCGCCUCUUCCCGAUAUCAAAGAAUUUGCCACCAAAAAGCCGAAAGCGACAGCGCUGCGUAGCGGAAGUGCUGCUCUGCCAAUCCCUGCGAGUGCAACCACGACGUUCACGAGCGCUGCGGAUCUACUCCGCAGUGCACAGGCUGGUGUGGACGACUGUUCCGAUAUCAUCGACGAGCCAGAGAAGCCUGCGCUGAAGAAGACCGCCAUCAAGCCAAAGCGCAAGACGACCAAGCCCCCAAAACGUGUGGCGAAGGAGGUGAUCGUGCUGUCCUCGGAUGGAGUCACGCCCAAGGGCAACGGCGAUGAUACAAGCGCAGAAUUCAAAAGCAACGAUUGCGAAAAUGGCAUUGAGAAGAGCCCACUGGGAGACAAGCCAUGGAGGAGAUAUAAGGUGUCUGCGGAGCUGGGAGACACCGACGCAUCAGCCAAUGCUGUCGAAACACGCGAACCGAAGACACAGAAGAGGAGGGCAAAUAAAGCCGAGACAGUCAGUGGACAUUUUGCAAAGAAUGGCGGAUCCACCAAGUCAAGGACGAGGAACUUGACCCCGGAACCGAUCAAUCUAGAGCCAGCAGUACAAAGGAGGAUGGAUUGGACGCCACGAGACGACACACGGACGGAGACAUUUCCAUCACCAAUUGCUCCAUCAGGCACCAACCCGGCACACACAUCGCCAGCUUUGCUGACAUCAGAACAUGGGCCUGUCAAAGGAGACAUCUUCAAGAACCUACACGAUGCAUAUGCCCACAAAGUCACCGACCAACCCGCAUGCGCCCCGGUCAACCCGCAGCCAAUUACGUUAGGCAAGAGAAAAGUCAUUGAAAUGACCUCAACUGGCCAGUCACCGAAUAAAAUCCCUUUCGAGGUCUCUCCAAUAAAGCAGAAGGCGCCCAAGAAGAAGCCUCGGACAAUCACGGAAGUCGCCACAGCAGCAUACGCCCCGAAGGCUGUCAACCUCCCCGAGGACACAAUCAAAGAAGACUCAAUCCUCGAAUACUUUAACGUUGAUAAAGAGGGGAAUGUUUCCAAAACAACGGCAGGCAAAAGGAAGGGAAAGACUACGAAGGUUACAAAGAAGAAGGCACCACCAAAGCGGCCUGUACUUCUGUCUCCUAAAGCUGCUAUGUGCCAAUCGGCCAGACAAGACUUUGUCUUUGGCACAUCAAGUCAGCUCGCCCGGGAAGAAUCACCAACUGUUUUGAGAGACCUUGAGGCCGCGUUGCGGGCGUCAAACAUCAUGGGUGAGAAUAUCCCAUCUGCCGAGAACCUUUCCCGCGCAAACGGCUUAGUCGUGGAAUCGACGAAACGCGGUAGAGGGCUCUGGUCAGUGAGUGCCAGAGACGAAGAUGGCGAAGUAGUAAAUGUCGAGAUCAUUGAUCUUGUGGGAUCGCCUUUCCCCGAAGACGACGCGGUUGCAAUUUUGGAUCCUUCCAAAGACUUGCCGCCGGAGCUACCAGCUGCUAGCGGUACCGAGACUGAGACCGCCGAACCAUCCCUCAUUGAGAUUGAGAGCAUGCCUGUGGCAACCUCGAAUACAUCAUCACAACCGCCUGUUCCCAAGUCACAUUUCUUUUUGACCCAGCCCAAAGUCACAAUCAGCUCCGCUGCUGCCGCUGCUGCCAACUCCUCGGACGCGUCAUUUAGACAAUCAUUUUCGCUCAUUGAAGACGACGCACCACCACCAAGUAACCAACAACAAAGCCAAGGAGACGUCGGACAGGGUUCAUCUACGAUGCCGAAAAAGAUUCAGAAGACACGGCCCAAUUAUGAGCUGUUCACAGACGCUAAGCUGGCGAAGGAGGUGUCUUCAUUUGGUUUCAAGGCCGUCAAGAGCAGAAGUGGAAUGCUUGCACUACUCGAUCAAUGUUGGAAGAGCAGGACUCAAGCUCCAAUUGCAGCAGCAUCGUUUUCUACAAGUGCCUUAUCAGCCAGUCCGAAAGGAAAGAAGGCGAGUUUUGCAGCGACGCCCAAGACAGCUUCUUCAUCAACCAAGAGACCGCGUGCGAAGCCAAAGAAAGUCCCUGAUGUGGUCACCAGCGAGCCUGUAGCGGCAUCUGAAGGGGCAAGUACUGCAUCGCCGCCGAAGAAGCGCGGUCGUCCACGCAAGGAUGCAUCGGCAUCGGCAGCAGCAGAUCCCAUCAUACCCCGGCCGACGAAGGCACAACCUUCCGCUUCGACGCCGAAGCGUCGGAAAACAGGCACUCGAGCACGGGUAGAGGUAUUGGAUUCUGACCUUGAAAGCGACGACUCUGCAGGCCUCUCUUCACCGGAACGGGUUUUUACCUCGCCUGGGGGUGAGGCUGUGGACAUGUCCAUUAACGAGGAUACGGAGAUAUCUCUCAACCUCAGCCCUACAGCACAGCAGUCUGUGCUGUUUAGCCACAUCACGAGAGCCAUUACGUCAGCGCCUCGGACGACCGACCCAGAGAACCCGUCAUGGCAUGAGAAGAUGCUCAUGUAUGACCCGAUCAUAUUAGAGGACCUUACUGCCUGGCUGAACGCAGGCCAGUUGACGAGGGUGGGCUAUGAUAGCGAGGCGUCGCCCAUGGAUGUGAAGAAGUGGUGUGAGUCGAAGAGUAUAUGUUGCCUUUGGCGGGGGACCUGGCGUGGCACGGAGAGGAAACGACUUUGA